AACAAGGACAUGGCUUCAAAUGAAAGAGAGAUUGUGGUUUGGGUUUGCCAGGAAGAGAAGAUUGUAUGUGGCCUGACAAAGCGCACAACUUGCGCAGAAGUGAUUCAAGCACUGCUUGAGGAGCAUCAGGCAAAGUUUGGAGAGAAAAAGGUCCUUUUUGGAAAACCUAGCGAUUACUGCAUUGUAGAAAAAUGGAGAGGCUCAGAGCGUGUACUUCCUCCCUUGACAAAGAUUCUGAGGCUUUGGAAGGCCUGGGGGGAAGAGCAGUCUAAUUUGCAUUUUGUGUUGGUAAAGUCAGAUGCUUUCCUCUCAUUUCCAUUGUGGAAGACAGCUGAAGCUAAGGUAGUACAAAAUGUAGAAAAACAGUGGGAGCUUAGUCCAGCAAAUUACAUGAAGAUGUUGCCAAUAGACAAGCAAAAGAAAAUUGUGAGGAAGACUUUCCGGAAACUGGCCAAGCUUAAACAGGACAGUGUUCAGCAAGAGAGAGAUAAUAUGGAGACACUGAUUCAUCUGAUCAUUUCUCAAGAUCAUACCAUUCAUCAACAAGUCCUUAGAAUGAAGGAACUAGAUAUGGAAAUUGAAAAAUGUGAAGCAAAAUUCCAUCUAGAUCGUGUGGCCAAUGAUGGAGAAAAUUAUGUGCAGGACUCCUAUUUAAUGAUCAAUCCAAGUGAGGCUGAGCAGCAAGGGAGCAGGCCGGAUGAUCAAAAAGACAUGCAUGACUAUUUGAGCAAAAGUGAGGGAAUUUUACAGGUUGAAGAGAGAUUGAAACAUCACAAACAACUAAUAGAGAAGCUAUGUGCUGAAAUUGAAAGAGAGGUACAUGGUAUAUGCACAGAAAAAAGUGGAGAUGAUGUUUGCACAGAAGGAACUGCUAAUGCUGAACUGGAAAGCUCAAAUUUGGAAAGUAUAAAAUAUGAGCUGGAAAAAAGUAUGAAAGAUGGUUUGAGAAUCAACUCAUAUCUGAGCUGCAUUCAGAAAGAACUUACAUAUAGGGACUCACUGCUUCAAAAGAAGGAAAAAGAAUAUGAACUUCUUUCAGAAGAAUUUAAUUUACUACAUGUUAAAGACAACACUGAAACUAGGCUUCCAUCAAAUGAAGAGCCAUCCAAGGGCAGUGGCAUCUCCAGUAACAGCAAUGCUGUUCCUGACUUUGUUCAUAGAGUGACCAAUCUGGACAUAAAUGAUACAGACUCUGACACUGGAAUCAGCUCUACACAUAGUCAGGACUCUGAAAUAACUUCAGGGGACAUGGUACUAUUGUCAACAUAG